AUGGAUACCCUUAUUAAGAAAAUCAAAGACCUUAAUAUUGGAGAAUCCUAUCAAGUUAAUAUGUUGUCCAGAAACCAUUUAGGAGAUCAAGAUGAAUCCUAUCAAAAUAUGGAUCCUUCCCAAAUUUUUGAAAUUCAAGCUAACUUUCAGGAUGAGCCUCAUACCAUAAAUAAAGUUCAUUAUGGUCAAAAUACAAAUGGAAUGGCUCUUUUAGGACCUAGUCGAUAUUAUUAUCCUAGACCUACUCAUGUGGAUGUUCUUUAUGAAGAAGACUUCCUCCAAAACCAGCGAUCUUACUAUAGUAAAACCAUUUAUGAAUGGAAUAUUGAUGGUCUUUCUGAAUAUCAAAUAUAUGAAAUCCUCCAGCACAUGCUUAUGUUUGCAACAGUUUGCAAACAAAAUGAAAAUACAGACCACCAAGUGGCCUGUUUUAUUGUUAGCGACUUUACAGGAAUACUUAAAGGAUGGUGGGAUAAUAUUUUUGAAGAAGAACGAAAAGAAGAAAUUUUAACAACCACCAAACCCAUUACAGAUGAACUCACAGGUCUAGUUCACAACGAACAAGAUGCUAUUUGCAGUCUUGUUAAUACAAUUGUCCUACACUUUGUCGGUGCCAUUAGUGGCAUUGAAGAUCGUAGCAGGGAACUUUUACAGAAACUUAGAUGUCCUUCUUUAUCCCAUUUCAGAUGGUAUAAAGAUGUUUUCAUGAUGAAAGUAUCCCGUCGAUCUGAUGCUAAUUUAGAACAUUGGAAGGCUAAGUUCAUAGAUGGUCUUCCCACUCUUUUUGCUGAAAGAGAACGGAAAAAAUUACGGGAUCGCCAUAAUCAACUAAGUAUACCAUACAGUAAAUAUACCUAUGGCCAACUUAUAGGAUUAUCAGAACAAGAAUUAAUUGUUAAAAGUAUGGAUUUUAUGAAAGAACAAUUCCUGCAGUCUAUCUCCAAAGAUGAUGCUAGCGAAUCUCAAGAUCCAACUGAUAAUGAUCCUAAUUUCAGUGACUUUUGGGAUUCAUUGACCAGUCUCAUUUCUGACAAAAUUGAAAAAGACAAGAAAAGAAAAGGAAAAGAAGAAUGA